GGGGAGAGGGGAGGACCUGAGCCAUGGAUGGGUUGGGGGAGGAGGACUUGAUCUUCAUCCAAUCUGUAACAGCUGAGUGUCUGGUUACUGCUUCCCUACUCAACAUGAGUGAGGUGUGUGAGGGGUGUGAGGUGUUUGUGUGUGUGAGAUUUGUGUGGUGUGAGGUGUUUGUGUGUGACUUGAAGAAUCAGGACCAAGGAAAUCAAUAAAUUCUGUGUCACCUUCUACAGGAGCGCAACUGAAGCUGCUUUGUAUCCAUGUCUAACGAGACCAAUUGCACUUUCCCAAAAGACUAUGAAGCCAUCCUCUUUCCCAUCAUCUAUGGCAGCGUUUUCGUGGUGGGAUUGUUGGGAAACCUGGCGGCGAUCGGAGUUAUUGUCCAGUUAAUUAAAAAGAAAAACAUCUUGGGCGUCUAUCUGGCCAAUCUUUGUGUGUCAGACCUGCUGUACAUCUUCACCCUCCCUGCCUGGAUAGUCUACACUGCCAAAGAGGACUGGGUCUUCGGAACUCUAAGCUGUAAAAUUGUGGGCUUUUUCUUCAACUCCAACCUUUACACUACUAUUGCCUUUCUCAGCUGUAUAGCCACAGAUCGUUUUAUUGCUACAGUUUUCCCAUUACGCUCACGGACCAUUCGGAGCAUGAGAAAAGCUUUGGUGAUCUGCGUUGUGGUUUGGUUGAUCAUCCUUGGCUCUCACUCCUAUUUCUUGGGCAGAAAUGACCUCUUUACCUCCAUCCAAAAUGUAAAGUUGUGCUAUGAGAAGUACCCCAUGGAGCAGUGGACGGCUCAUCUCAACUAUUUCCGUAUCUUUGUGGUUUUUCUCAUCCCAUUGGUCCUUCUGGUCUUCUCUUACUGUUCCAUCAUCAUGGUGAUACAGCGUACCUCUACCUUGGAGGCAGAGCAAAAAAGGAGGGUGACUGGCCUUCUUUUUUCUAUGAUCACCAUCUUUAUCAUCUGCUACCUCCCCUACCAUGUGGUCCUUUUCAUCCGCUCAUACGUGAGUGACUACAAUUAUGGCAACUGUGAGAUCGAGGAACGAGUUCGUCCAGCAUACAGGGUCUCCUUUACCCUCACCAGUGUCAGCAGUGCCUUGGACCCUUUUAUUAAUAUAUUUGUUAGUGAUGGAGUAAAGCGAGACAUUAUGAUGGAACUACGAGCUAUCUAUUUUUGUUUGCUUUCCAGAGGUAAAAGAGAAAAAAGCAAAACGGGGCGCCUUAAUUUUGAGUGCAAUGAUGCCCCAAAGAACAAUGGACUUCUUUGCACGCACCAAACCAAAGUACAGACACGGUUAUAGAUGAGGCAGGAAAAAACUGCAGUUUGGAUCUACAAAAAGAUCUUCUGACAUAGAAACUUGAAAAUGUGAUGUCCUAGUCGCCUGGUCAACUUUGUCCCUUUUUUAAUGGAGUAAGCCAGCUGCCAGUUUACAGUUUUCAUGUCAAUAAAUUUUGGUUUUAAUCUUAAUCUACUGAAGAUGCCGACCACAUGUAAAGGCAACUUCAGAUGCUGCUUAUAUUUUAGGAAGAAUAAACUGAAGAACUAUAGUAUGUAUGUUAAA